CAUGUCUCAAAGCCACCUUUGCAUUUUAAACUAAGAACGUAGCUCAACUGGUAGAGGAUUAAAUUGGCAUGGUCAAGUUGUCCAGGAGAGAGACUGUUCUGGAGUUCAAAAGAAAGAUACUAAGAUGCUGAAGAACAUGUUUUUGUGGGGCUGACAUAUCAAGACCUCAGUGGAUGGAUCACCUCUGAGCUUGUUACCAUCAAGAUUUAAUCUUGAAGCAGUACUCUUCAACAAACAUGGGGUUUUGGGUUAUUUUGCCCAUUGUUCUGUCUGCUAUCUCAUUCGUCGGGUGCUGGACAGUAUAUGGACUUGCAUUAAGUUUCCACCAUGUCUGCUCACUUAGUAACUGGGAAUACAGAAAUUAUUGUCACACAAAUGAAACAGGGAUGUGCUGCACCCUGGAUAAUGUGCCCACCAUAAGCAUGAGUGGAGCAAACUUUCCAGAAAACUCCCUUUUCACAGCAACAAUCAACGCAGGUUCAUUUUUAUUUCUGAUUUUCUGCAUUUUCCAUCAUGCACAUAUUCUGGACAGGAGCAGUAUGCAUUCUCUCCUCAGUAAGAUUGCUCUGGUUUUAGGCUGUGUGUCAUCUGCGGGUGCUUUCAUGGCUGGAAACUGCAAUCCAGUUGAACUGAUGUUGCUCCAUUACCUGGGUGCUGCACUGAGCUUUGUAUGCGUGUGUCUCUACAUCACCAUCCUGACCUCGCUCACUAGCAAAUGUAUGCUGACGGGGUGUGAAUGGAUACUUUACCCCCUGCGCAUCUUCUCCUCAACAAUCCAUAUUUGUGCCACCAUCCUUUACUGCAUCUUCUUCGUUCAAAAGGAUUCCUACUACAGACACAUCUCUGCGGUGUUUGAAUGGAUUCUCAGUAUGAAUCUGGAGCUCUAUGAACUCAGCUUUGCCCUGGAGUUCUUCUACUUCUCAUCCUCAAUGCUGGAAGUGCUUUUAGCAAAGACAGAAGAGAAACUUCUGAUUCUGUCAUGAUUUACAGCCACAGCUUGACUAUUUUUUUCCAUUGUGAAUUCAUAAACAGUUUUAUUUAAAGUUUGAAUUAUUAACUCAAAUAUGCCUAAUCAAGCUACUUAAAGAACAGAACAACGUUCCCCUUGAAAGGGGUUGCACAUUUAAUUUUUUUAACUUUGCAAUAGAAAGCAUCAACUCCAUAUGCUAUUGCAAACACCAGAUUUACUUUGGAGCAGCAUACUCUCAUUUUUUGGGAAGGGGGACAAAGGAGACUUUGCUGACAGGCACUUUAAAGAUCUUUCCUCAUUUCUUCAUAACCUUUUUACAUGGCAAGAUGUAUUUUUAAAUUGUAAAGACUUGCCAGUGCAAUUUAUGACCAUAGUUCAAGGCUCAUAUCUAGACUGCAUGUGUUAACGGAUAUUUGGUCAGUACAUACUGCUUAAAUAAUCACAGUAUUUGCCCUACACUUUUAAUCUAUUCACAAAAUCCUUAGUAAUGUUGAAUCAGUGGCUGGCAGGAAAUGUGUAUUUGUCAGUGAUGAGGGUUUCAUAAGGUCAUUAUAGAAACAGAUAACCUCCUUAUUCAUAGUUAUAGAUUUAUCUCCAGUUAUUUCUCAACAUCAACAUCAUUUUUGUGUCAGAACUUAAAUUUAUUUGUAUCUAGACUCUCAAUUUAGGGUGAAUUCAAGUACAUGGGCCAAUUUUCUUACAUUGAAAUCAAAGUCAAAAUGUUGCCCAAUUUACCUGAAGUUUCCUGGAUAGGAUUUGUCAACUUAAUGCUUGAUAUAGUUAAAUAUUUAAGGAGUAAUUACGUUUUCCUGAUCUAUUGUUUUGACAAAGGAAAAUAAAAACCUUUGGACCGAGACUUCCAUGAGAAUAAAUGCAAAACAGCAUCACUUUAAAACAUUGACUAGAACAGAGGUCUGAAAAAGUAUUUCCUUAUUUCUUUAAUUUUUGUGUAUUUUUCAUACUAAAAUGUUUUAGAUCUUUAAAUUAGAUAAUUUAAUACUUUUUAAAAAAUGUUUUAAGAAAAAAUAAAGUUAUCCAACACCUAUAUUAAUCAUGUGAUUAACCAUGUAAACUGAAAAGCUUGUUGUGCCAACUUUAGCAGCGACAACUGAAACCAAACCAGCCCAUCUGGCACCAACAAUGACAUAUUUGGGGGAAGGGAUCGACUCGAAAAAAAAAGGGUACUUUUCAUUAUUAUUUAUUAAAAACAAUAUGCAAAUUAGCACAUUUGAAUUAGUUACCGCCUAAUUUGCAUAUCAAUCGAUUGUGAUGACGUUAUUAGACACAAAUUUGACUAUUCACCUGUAGUGUCUCCAUUAAGUACAGUACAUUAGCAUGCAUGGCCAUGAUAUAUUGCUUUAGCUAAACUUUAGCUAACUUAAUACAUUAGCUAGUAGCUCAUGAGUCACGCAUGUUAGCAAGACACAAUAUUUUUCUUGAGGCUAAUUAGCUGUAAAGUCGAGGCACUGUUGCUUAAGUGUAACGUUCAUUACCACUCACCUCCACACAAGCCAAGAAAAACAACUGGGAUAGGAGCUGGGAGGGGCUGCUGUCUGAUGUGCCAAUGUGUGCUGCACUGCUGCGCGGAGGGAGGGAGAGCAAAUACUUUUUCA